GAGAGACUCCGGAGCCUGAAUUUGCCAUCGCUCUACUAUCGGCGCCGACGAGGCGACAUGAUCUCGGUUUACCAGGUGCUUCGACGGGGAGUGGAUGUUGACCCAUCUCAGUUCUUCACUGCGGCGACGACGACCAGAACUCGAGGGCAUGAGUGGAAGCUGUCCAAGCCAAGAGCUGUCUCCAGAGUGCGGCAGAACGCCUUCAGCAUACGAGUCCUGAACGACUGGAACUCUCUGCCAUCCGCUGUCGUCGAUGCGCCCUCAGUCAAUAGCUUCAAGGCCAGGCUUGACGAACACUGGGCUCACGCCAAGUACACCAUACAUUCCAACGACUGAUGCAGUGACACACUGACACAAAGCUCGUCACGUCCGGAUCCAAGAGGCCAAAAGGCCUUCCUAAAUUCCGCAUUUUAUAAGUAUAAGUAUAAAUUUCUUUCUGCAACUGAAGAGCACUGAAUGAAAGCUGUCAGUGCAUUGACAUCUGAUAGCUAACUACUCAGAAGAACCUCACAUCAAAAUGCCUUUCAAGAGCAUGUUUCAAGGAAGUGCUGUCAGUCAGCCGGCGCUGGAGCCGAUGCAGAUCGACGCGGCGCCCGAGGAGAACGACAACUCGGUGGAGGAGCCGGUGACAGAGGUGAUGACCGCCUGCAUCGACCUCGACUCCUACAUCGCCUCCUACAAAGGUCUGGGCCAGCUGUACCGGCUCAUGUUCAUCGCCGAGAGGUGUCCGCCGCUGCGCGUGGAGGCGCUCAAGAUGGCCAUAGAGCUGGUGCAGAGCACGUUCAACGUGACCAUGUACCAGACGCUGCACCGGCAGCUGCAGGAGGCACUAGCGUCGGGUCAGAGUCUGCCCGAUGUAACCGGUCAGGGAGGCGGCUCAGCGGGCGCGCUGCCCCUCCUGGACCAGCAGUGGGUCGAAUCGCAAACCAAGCGGGCGGCUCUGAAGCUGGAAAAGCUCGACAACGACCUGAAGAACUACAAGUCGAACUCGAUCAAAGAGUCCAUCCGUCGCGGUCACGACGACCUGGGCGACCACUACCUGGACUGUGGCGAUCUCAGCAACGCGCUGAAGUGCUACUCGCGCGCGCGAGACUACUGUACCAGCGGCAAGCACAUGAUCCACGUCUGCCUCAACGUCAUCAAGGUGUCGGCGCACAUGCAGCAGUGGGGCCACGUGAGCAGCUACGUCACAAAGGCAGAGAGCACACACGAUGAGAACGAGUCUGCGCCCUGGCGGGAGUCUGUACAGACUAAAUUGCACCUGGCCGCCGGUCUGCUGCGCCUCCGACACGGCGCCUUCGAGCUGGCCGCAAAGUCCUUCCUCAAGUGCAGUUUCGACCACUGCGACCUGCCUGAGCUGAUCUCCCCGUCCAAUGUGGCCGUCUACGGCGGCCUCUGCGCGCUGGCCACCUACAGUCGGGCGCAGCUCAAGACGGACGUCAUCGGCAGCGCCUCGUUCAAGCUGUUCCUGGAGUUGGAGCCGCAGCUGCGUGACGCCCUGCACCGGUUCCACGAGUCCUCGUACGCCGACUGCCUGCGCAUGCUGGACGAGAUGCGAGACACUCUGCUGCUAGACCUGCACCUCUCGCGCUACGUGCGUCAGCUGUACGCCAUGAUCAGGAACCGCGGACUGGUUCAGUACUUCAGCCCGUACGCGUCGGCAGACCUACGUAAGAUGGCGGCCGCUUUCAACACGACAGUGCCGGAGCUGGAGAACGAACUCAUGGGUCUGAUUCUGGACGGGCAGAUCCAGGCGCGCAUUGACUCGCACAACAAGAUCCUGUACGCCAAGAGCGUGGACCAGCGGAGUCAAACGUUCGAGCGCUCGCUGGCAGUCGGAAAGGAGUAUAUCAAGCAGACCAGAGGUCUCAUCCUGAGGGCCGCCAUACAGGCCUCCCAGAUCGCAGUGCGGCUACCGCGACGGGAGGACAUCCAGCCAAUGGACGCCAGCCAGGACGGCACCGAGUAGCGCCACCAGCCAAUCAGCGGCCGAGUCGGCGCCGCGACAGCCAAUCAGCGGCCGCGCUCCGCUGCGACAGCCAAUCACGGCCCGGCAGGUGGGUUGGGGCGCCGCACAGGAGCCAAUCAGCGGCCGCGCUCCACUGCAAGAGCCAAUCAGCGCCCGUCUGGCGGUUUGAGGUCAGACGGCGCGCCCGGCUGUGAUACUGGGAGGUCAGCAGUGACCUUUGACGAGGUCAAGGUCAGGCAGAGCGCGUGUGUGGCUAUCGCCUGGAUAUCUGGGGACGGCUGAUCUAUCAUCCAAGAGUCGUAACUUAGGGGGACAGUGCUUGUGACAGUGCUUGCCUUGCAACGUGCGGCACAGAGAGUCUGCAAACGCUUGUCCCGCGCUUGUAUCGAACUGUUCCCGCUUUGCUCGUAUUUCAUCACACAGUGGGAAAGCUGUACGAAAUCAGCUGAGCUCCGCCCGUAAUGUAUUGUCACAUUGCGUCCUGUGUCCAACUGUCCCUCGAUCUGCCGGCUAGUGGAAGUGUAAUAACACCAUCCUGGUUUGUGAAAUUUCGCUGGGUGGGGUUGUGCCCAGUGUCGGGCCCGAGUGUCGAUCUGUAUGGCGGACGUGCCACCGUGUCUGAACUGACACUGUGUGACACCUAUGGUGUCACGGUGUCGCGUGGACUGGACCGCACUGAGACCGUUCAUCACCGUUUGUAUGAGUAUACCUCGAUGGUCUGUCAACGUGUGCGGAAAUACACACUCAAGGAAGA